AAAAAUGAUAGACGCGUCGUAAUUAUUUAAUUGAAACGUUAUACAAUUUCUUCAACAAUAAUCCGAUCACUUUCAUAUAUACACAUAUAAUUAUAGAUCUUCUCUUCAUCUAACAAGUAACAACUCCUCAAAGUCGUCAUCAACCAAAAAAUUUCAGUCUUUUUUCAAUUAUAUAUUUAAUAAAACUUCCUCUCUCCUUAGAAAAACACAAGAUCAAGAAUCACUGACUCAUUAUUACAUUGUUACGAUUUGUAGUCUUAGAGAUAUCAUUUUUUAGAUUGAUUUGGGAAAUGGGAAGUUAUAAUUAUUACAGAAUGUUUGGGUGUUUUAACCGGAAAUUCAAGAUCAGGGAGACGGAGCCGCCGCCGGAGGUGAGGGAAGCGUUUUCACGGUACACCGGAAGAGGAACCCACAUGAACGCCGAUCAGCUUCUCCGUUUUCUGGUGGAGGUUCAAGGAGAGGAAGGUGCUACCGUUAAAGAUGCGGAGCAAAUUAUACAGCAAGUUGUUAAUCGCCGGCACCAUUUGAUCAGGCGGCUUAAUCAUUCACUUGAACUCGAAGAUUUCUUUUAUUUUCUUUUUCAGGAUGAUCUCAAUGGACCCAUCAAAUCUCAGGUACACCAUGAUAUGAGUGCUCCAUUGCAACAUUAUUUCAUCUAUACAGGUCACAACUCCUAUCUAACAGGAAACCAACUUAGUAGCGACUGUAGUGAAAUUCCAAUAGUUAAAGCUUUGGAAAGAGGUGUCCGCGGUAUUGAACUGGACUUAUGGCCAAAUUCAGCAAAAGAUAAUAUUCAUGUUCUUCAUGGAAGGACCCUGACCACACCAGUGCCACUUCUUAAAUGCUUAAAGGCCAUUAGAGACCAUGCUUUUGUUAAAUCGCCUUAUCCUGUCAUAAUCACGUUGGAAGACCACCUGACACCGGACCUUCAAGCUAAAGUUGCAGAGAUGGUUACCCAAACCUUUGGAGAAAUGCUAUAUUAUCCUCAGUCAGAGUGCUUAGAGGAAUUUCCUUCACCUGAACGGCUUAAGAAUCGGAUUAUUCUCUCUACAAAACCACCUAAAGAGUACCUUGAGUCAAAGCAUCAGAGAGACACAUCUCCAGUGGGAAAAGAUUCAUUUCGAGAGGAUGCUAUGAAGAAGGAGAAAUCAGAUUUUGGCACCGAGGAUCAGGACACUGAUGAAAGGAGUGAUAGUGAUCAAGAUGAUGAAGACGGUGAUACCUCCGUCGACCAACAAUCAUACCAACCAGGAGCACCUCAGUACAAGAGUCUGAUAGCAGUUCAUGCUGGGAAGGCAAAAUAUGGUUUGAAACGUGCACUAAGGGAGGGAAGUAAUAAAGUCAGUCGACUUAGUUUGAGUGAACAAGAACUCGAAAGAGCGGCAGAAAAUUAUGGAACAGAUUUGGUCAGGUUCACCCAAAAGAAUAUUGCAAGGGUGUACCCUAAGGGAACAAGAGUAACCUCCACAAAUUUCAAGCCUAUGACUGGCUGGAUGCAUGGAGCGCAGAUGGUAGCAUUUAACAUGCAGGGAUAUGGAAAAUCACUCUGGAUGAUGCAUGGGAUGUUUAGGUCUAAUGGAAGCUGUGGCUAUGUGAGAAAGCCUCGCUUUCUCAUGGAAAAAGGCCCACACAAUGAGGUAUUUGAUCCCAAAGUGAAAUUGCCAGUGAAGAAAACUUUACAGGUCAGAGUAUAUAUGGGAGAUGGAUGGCGCUUAGAUUUCAGCCAUACACAUUUUGAUGCCUAUUCGCCUCCAGACUUUUACACCAAGCUAUAUAUCGUUGGAGUGCCUGCAGAUGCUCGUAAAAAAAAGACUCGGAUAAUUGAGGAUGAUUGGUGUCCAAUUUGGGAUGAAGAGUUUAAUUUCCCUUUGACAGUGCCAGAGCUGGCUUUGCUUCGAAUUGAAGUACGAGAAUAUGACAUGUCGGAGAAGGAUGAUUUUGGCGGACAGACAUGUUUGCCUGUCUCAGAGUUGAGACCAGGGAUCAGAUCAGUCGCUCUCUAUGAUAAGAAGGGUCAAAAAAUGAAAUCUGUCAAACUUCUUAUGCGAUUUCAAUUUGUGUGAACUGUGAAAAACUUUUAUUCUUUUUUCUUUGUAGGAUUUUCUCUUGUAGACACAUGCUUAAUUUGAUUGUAUCUAAACGUCCAGCUCUUGUACAGUGGGAGUGAUGAUGCUGUAUUAGGAAGGGAAAUAAAUUAAGCUUGAGGGAUGAAGUUAUGGGCUUGUGAGUUUGUGACAUUUGUUUUGUACUCUUGUUAACAUUGAUAUAUAUUCAGGUAUCAAAAUGAGGCAGAAAAUACAGAUUACCUCUUUCCUUUU